GUCAAAAUCAAAAAGAAUCCUCGAAGAAGUUGGUUGUUGGUGCGUGAGCUUUAAUAUUCUUGUUUUUUACAGACAGAUUCAGUUUCUUACAAGGAAGAGGAAACAAAAAUAGAUGUGAUGUCAGCUAACACCCGAAAAAACCAUGGUACAGCUCUGUCCCGCGAGCACGACGUGACAGAGAGCUUUCGAGUGAAAUGGCAAGAAUCACAGCACAGGAGACAGAGACGGUGCGACAAGGUCGCUCGCGGUCGAAGACAUAACAUCAGCGUGCGCAGCAUGCGACGAAGGAGAAUGGGAGCAGCACCACAAGUGCAUCAAUAUUCACCUCCUUGCUUGCCUCCGACAAGCACGACGAGAGGACGGUGCUGCUGCCGUGGGCUGGCUGGGACGGCACUCACACUUCUCCAAAUAUUGCAGUCCCAUCAGGGGGUCUCCGCGACGUCAGGUGGAGAGGACUACGUGGAGGUGCAGUCAAAUGGAAGAAGACGGCAGCAGGACCACAGAGGUAGUACUUCUUCUAGAAACUACGGACGAGCAGGUAGUAAUAGUAGAAGAAGCGCUUCCUCAACAUCGCGCAAUGAUUUUCUGGAGACAGUACCAGACGAGUCCUGGAGCGCUGACGAUACUGUGGUACUUACCGAGCGGGCGCACGGUGCUUUCUCUCUCUUGUCAGAUGAUGUAGGCGUUGCUCCUGAUCAUUAUAGUAGGCAACACAAGAGAAGUAGAAGGAGCAUGUCGGAUGAUUCCGGUUUUCUACAAGAAAACGCAGAGGACGAGUUACUCUCCGUCUCCUCGACGCCAGCCGCUUCCACUUCAUCAACUGGCACCAGGUGGAGCACCAGCACUGGUAGUGGUUUCGACGCGGACAUGGGUCGUCAGAAGAGUGGCUUUGUGCAGGAACGCGCAUUAGAAGACCAGGAUGAACAUAUUACCACGCCUUCUCGAGAGACGCCAGGUGGAACAGGAAGCUCGCAUAGUAGCACUUCGUCAUCUUCUGGUCCAAGUACUAGUAAUAUAGAACAACAAGCAUCAACACCAGCAGUUCGUGGUAGAAAAAGAAGCUCUUCUCGUAGCACCCGCACGAAGAACAGUGGCUUCUUGAUGUUGGACGAAGAGGAGUUUGAUAGUCGCUUGCUGGGGACGGAUAUUAGCAGCCAGGAUGAAGUGGCCGAUUUCGCAACCCAUCCUCCUUUAGCAGCCCGGCAUGACAGCAGCACAAAAACUGCUACGACUACUAUCAAGAAAUUGAAAUUUUUUCGAAUAUUUCCAUAUCCACACAAACAUGCACACUGCGCGUCGGAAAAUAAGUAAUACAGUGAUGAAGGUGUUUCUUGUGUUUCGUUUCUGUUCUACUAAGUGAAAACGAUUUCCUUUUGUAAGCUGCACAGAAAAUAAUAUAAAUAUUCUACAUGUACUAGUAGAAUUAGCAAUAGAAGUAGAACACACUAGAAUAGGUACACGAUGACGAUAGAGUAUUUCCCAUAGAGGGCUCCGUGCAUACCUAUGUAUACUAGAUACCUUUCAGGACAAUAUUAAUAUAUGUAUUUAUUAGAAUGAAUUAUUCAAGCUCGUGCUCUCUAAUGUUGGCACUAGGGAUGGAACUCUUCUUCAAGUUUCGACGGCGCGCACCCCGGAUUCUUACGGCACUUAUCAUGGGACUCAUUCUCCUGGUCGUCGACGAGAUUCAAUUUCAGGAGAAGCACAAGAAGCAGCUGCGGGAGCUCAUGGUGCACACGAUUCGGGACGAUCGGAGCGAAAGAGUGUACCUUAUGAACUACAACAACGUCUGACGGAAGGUGAGAAAAGGGAACUGAAGGAAAAGCUAAAAAGCAGAAAGCGAUGGGAACUUCAGCGCAAGAAAACCGUCGAGUGUUAGGGCUCUGUCGUUAACAUUAUAGCGUUCAAUUAAUUUCUACAGCUAUGUUGUGUCAUUGUCAAAAUGCUACAUCGACGUGCUAGAAGAAGGUCUUUCAACUUUCUUCAAACGAAAGAAGGACGACAUUGAUUAGAUAGUCAUAUUUUCGUCGUAGUUUCUUCCGCAAAGGCAAAACAAACGCAAGCAGAAUCCGGUGGUAAGCAUCCGAACGCUGAUGAGACGCCAUUUCCAUCCUCUAAAGAUCGGCUGAAUACGUUAAGAAAUGGACAGAACGGGAGAUACAGCAUGGGAUAUCAGACGAAGUUGCAGACGUCUUGGGGAUCGAUCCCUACGACAAACGUGUCUACGUUUUGAACAUGGACAUGUAUGAUUCCUUGAUCACGCGCCUCGUGAAUGGGGUAAUCUUAGUGAUUAUCUCACUGUUGCUUCUGAUUUUACGGCUAGUCGCGCUGGAAACAAAUUCACAUUCUGAGAGAGCACUCAGUUGUUGAGGCUUCUGGAAAUUCAUAGUCUGAGAGAGCCGUCAGCCGUUGCUGAGCAGAGAGUGCUCUUUUAGGUGUAGCAGGUUGUGGUCACGAAGGAGGUACUCGUGGAUCUUGUCAAGACAGCAUCAUGAGUUGCACCAGGUGUUCCUCACAAUGGGCUAGUUAAUUAACACAUAGAUGGACUUCCACCUAGAAAAAAUUAAGUUUCAUCUCUAACGAUAUCUCUGUGUGUGCGUUUUUUUGAAAAUGCGGACUUGGAGGAGUCAUCCAGUGACAGUAGCGAUGACGAAGUGGCUGACAAUCGUCAAAGCCCGAGGCGAAAGAUGACAGUGCAGUCAUUCGGAGGACGCUAGAUGAAUACCAAGAGGGAAAUUGAGGAUGACAUGAUUUUCAACAACGUCAAAAAUAUGGAAUAGAAGAAGAUAGCAUGAGCAACCAUACGGUACUAAAUAUCAGCAAUAAGAGUGGAUCCGUACUACAAGAGCGGACGUAUCGGCAAACUUGAAUGAUAGACUUUCCUAGAAACUGAAGCCAAGCAGGGUCAUUGACUCGCUUUUUAAUCACUUGCACAGUCAACAUCCAAUUCCAAGCCCGCAAAAAAAGGUUAUUUAAACGUCUAAUGCGAAGAUUGAAUGAAAAAUGAACCACCUACUUCAGCGCCGAUGGUGAAGCUUUUCAUAUGUGCAACGAUGAUUAUUGCAAUAGAUCACAUUUCCCCCCAGCGACGUGUACUGCCUGCUCAUAGCAACCACGCAUGCUCGCAGAUGCACAGAUGCACUGUUCAAACAACGAGACAAUAGACUCCAGCAAUACCCGUACAGUUUUAUUUUUAAGAUGGAAACCUUCGUCAAUCUUUCCAAUUCACCUAUUCAGUGUCAUCGCAUACAAAGUUUUCCCGUC